AUGGUUUCCAUGCUUAGGAAGCUUGCCGACAAAAUAGCUAGUGCUGCUGGAUUCCAUGUUGUGGUUCCAGACUUCUUUUAUGGAGAUCCCUACAUACCGGACAAUGCUGAGAGGCCUGUAUCAGUUUGGAUAGUCUCAUGGAACAGUUUCCUUCAAGGUAACUUCACUUUAGUCACCACUCCCGGGGCAGGUGAAUCUGCUCGGUCAAAGCAUUCAGAAUCAUCUAAUAACAUUGAUGCUGAUGGUGAUGAGGAUUGGUCAUGGAUUUCUCAGUUGCUUUCAAGGUACUCGGAUCAUAUUCUAGAUCAUUUGAAAGAAGGAUCAUACUCUGCAUAUGCUCUUGUUUUAUUGAACUCGAUCUGA